AUGCAUUGAAAAGCAGCAAUCCCCACUGAAAUCCGGGGUAUUUUUUUCGGGUACAAACAAACAACCAUUCCUUCGAGCUUCUAAAGCCCUCUCUGUCUUCACAACCCUCCAUUAGCAAUGCUCGCCCCCCACCCCUCUGCAAGCCAGGGAGGUGGGGCGCCUUCCCUGCGCUUGCGCCCAGCGCGGAGGGAGUCGCUGGGAAGAGCCUCCGGCCUCUCUAUAAAAGCCCCUGCUGCGGCGCUUCCCUCCCCAGAUCGUCCUCAGCCUUUGGCUGUCGUCUUCCAGCUCUUGCUUCAACAGUGCUUGAACGGAGCAGGGUCGCGGCCGCCCCAUCCUUCCAUCUCUCCGCCAGACCAGCAAAACCAGCCUCCCUCCAUCUGCGCCAUGAGCUCCCAGGUCCGCCAGAACUACCACGCCGAGAGUGAAGCUGGGGUGAACCGCUUGGUCAAUCAGUUCCUCCAUGCCAGCUACGCCUAUCUGUCCUUGGGUUUUUAUUUCACCCGGGAUGAUGUGGCUCUGUCCAAGUUUGCAUCCUUUUUCCGACACGUGUUUGAGGAGAAACACGAACAAGCUGAGAAACUCCUGACCUUCCAGAACCGUCGUGGAGGGAGAGUUGUUCUGCAGGAUGUUAAAAAACCGGAGCAGGAUGAAUGGGGGAAUGGAGCCUCUGCCAUGGCCUUCGCCCUUCAGCUGGAGAAGAGUGUGAACCAGGCCCUGCUGGAUCUGCACCAGAUUGCUUCUCGCCAUGUGGAUCCUCAUCUGUGUGACUUCCUAGAGACUCACUACCUUGAUGAGGAGGUGAAGCUGAUCAAGAAGCUGGGGGAUCACGUGACCAACCUGAAGCGGGUGCGUGCCAGCGAGGACGGCCUGGGCGAGUACCUCUUCGAUCGCCUCACCUUGGGCGAGUCCAGCGACUGAGCUGCAGAGUUGCUGGUUCCCUCCAGAGUCCUCCCACCAACUUGUCCAGUUGUGUUGCUCUAAUUUGUCAUGUGUUUGUGUUUAAAAGUUUUUUUUUUUUAAAAGCUGGCUGUUCAGUGAAGAGACAUGCCUCUGUACCCUGCGCAUCUUGGGGGGAGUCUGUAACUGGCAUUAAAUCUUGGCAUUAAGCACUACA